CAACUGACACCGGUGCUGAGUGGCCCAUUGAGCCCAGUCUGUUAAUAGGAGUAUCGCCACGGCGGACAGUAGCGGAAGGCUUUUGGCUCGGAUAUUUUUGAAUUUUCUGGCUUUAUAAAAACAGACACAAACUCCGGGAUGCCUUCAAAUGUUCAAGGUGGGAAAGCCUUUGGGCUGCUAAAGGAGCAGCAAAGGCAAAAACUGGAAGAAAUAAACAAGGAAUACAUGGAAGACCAGAAAUACAGGGAUGAAGAUGACCUGCCUGAAAAAUUGGAAGGUUUCAAAAAUAAAUACGCAGAGUUUGACCUGAACGACCAAGGCGAGAUUGAUCUGAUGGGUCUGAAGCGGAUGAUGGAGAAGCUGGGGGUGCCCAAGACCCACUUGGAGUUGAAAAAAAUGAUUGUCGAAGUCACAGGCGGCAGCAGCAGCAACACCAUCAACUACAGGGACUUUGUCAAGAUGAUGCUGGGAAAGCGCUCGGCUGUGCUGAAACUGGUUCUUAUUUUUGAAGACAAAGCCAAUGGCUCCCCCUGCAAGCCAGAAGGACCUCCUCCAAAGCGGGACAUCGCUAGCCUGCCUUAAGUGUAGAUGUCAGCCUCCAGACUGCUAGUAGAGCAGAGGGACCAUCAGUGGUUGCGUGGAAUAACGUGGAGUGUCGUAAUAAUGUGGGACCCGUGAUCGAGGAUGUUAUUUUGUGAAUAUGUACGAUGUGUGCAAGGUUUCUGUUAUUUGGAAGACUGAGCCCAACACUCACUAAAUGAUGUUUGACUGUGAAUAUUAUUAUUCAUCAUUUUAUUUCCUUAAUUAAGAUGUAGCAGUGGUAGAUGUACACGUAAUCCCCUCGAUAAAUUCAAAUUUUGUAGUAGGUAUUUCGUGGUUAUAUUUUAAGGGAAGACUCCAAACUCUCCACUAAGUUGCUUUUCCUUCUGUGUUUGUUUCCGUUUUUGAGACGCAUUCAGUUCAACAGCGUAAGAGUAGGACUUUUUUGGAGAAGCACAAGGAAAAGAAGCAGUUUUUUCCGACACAUUUUUGCACUGUCCUCAGCAUGGAUUCCUGCCAGGCUUAUCUUAGUCAACGUCUCGCUUUAGAUCAGGUGCCAGAGAUUACAGGGCCAGCUCAUUUCCUCUGGGACAUCAGCCCCUUGAAGCUGAAACGCUGAUCUGGAAUCAGUAAGCUAAGUUAUCAGGAGCCACCUCAUGAUGUGAUAACUUUAUCUGGAGAUGAGUGUACUGCUUUGCGUUUUGAAUAUCCACUCACACGUAGUUAAGAGAAGUGUAAGAGAUCAUCUUGACCGCGGGACUUUCAGUGUCAGUACGUGGCUUGAAGCACAGCGCAUUUGGGUCGGUUUCAGAUCUGUGAGGUUACGCAUCUGUUCAUUUUGGAAGGAGUGUGAUUUACAGGCACACAAGCAGAACAAAUGUACAUAUUUUACUCCACACAGUACAAUCAUAUUCUUUCCAAGUGCCUCAACGUACAGAUACUGUAGACGCUGUAGAGUUAAACACGCAGUUUGGAGAAGAGAGUGCACAAAAGUGUUAAGCAGUGUAAGCAGUCCUCUCAGCUUAUUAACUCCAGAAAACCAUGAAAUAACAUUUGUUGGUAUUUAAGAUGGUUUUAAUGAUGUUUGUUGAAUUGCAUUGAUUACUUUUUGUUAUUGGUUUCCACAGAAUCCCGAGUGAGUGAAAUUCACGAGUAGUAUUUUUUAAAAUGUGUCGUGUGUUUUAUCCCCUUUUUCUAACCAUUGUUUUAUACGUCACUGCAAGCAUUUAAUCUGUUUGUUGGGUGAUUUAUGUUGGAUUUAUCUUUCUCCCACAUAUUGUUUCAUCAACCAGCCAUUCAUGUUUCUUUCACUGUCAGUAAUUUGUGCCUCUUUUUCUCCUGUGUAAAUUUUCCUAUAACUCACUAUUUAAUGUCAAAUUGGUACUUCUACACCUAACAUGUUUUAUUCAGUCAUGUUACUUUGUUUUCAGUCUUGUAGGAAUCUUGCGUAUUUUAGUGUUAAGAUGCACAUUGUUUGCAGACACCAAAGGAAUUAAAAUUCUUCUCACACUGGCCUGCUAUGUUUUGAAUUGUUCAGAGGUAGAAGAGAUCCUGCAUGAACAAGUGGCAUUUUGAGUUUGGGUGAAAAAUGACAGGUUUAACAAUGUGAAUAUGAUGUUUGGUGCAGUAAUAUUUACUGUAUGUGUUCCUUUAGACAUUAUAAUGCAAGCUGACCCACCCUCACUUUACAAAGAGCUCCACAGUCAUAAAGAUUAGCUUGGGAAGUUUACAAUUGAGAGUCCUCGUGUUGUAAAAGAUCACGUUGCGACACGUCUUUGGCUGUCUGUGCAGAUAAAUGUUUAGGUGAAACUAAUGCAUUAUCACUUUUGCAACUCGAUGUCUGCAUUUCAUUUCAUCUUCCAUUCCGUUUCUGUAUGAAGAUAUAAAAACAAACUGUGUGAAUCUUUGACUGUCGUUGCUAGUUGAGUCACUGUUUCAGAGUAAAAAUGCUUUCAUUCCAUAUUUUUAUGUACUUGCGUGCAAACGUACACUUGAGCAAUAAAAUGUUUUCAUGAGAAAGUAAA